UCCACCAACGAGUCUCUCUCUCUCUCACUCUCUCUCUGCAGCUCACAACAGACAGACACCCUGAUCCCCUCUCUCUCCUGUCUGCUUCUUCUUCGUCCAUCUUUCUCUCUCUACUGCUCAGCUCAGCACCGUAGAGAGAGAGAGAGGGACGGAGAGAAAGAGUGUGGGUUCGUUCGGGAAAGCUACAUUUCAUUCGAGGGGGACGAGUAAAGCACAAAACAUCCACUGCUGUUUUUUUUUGGUUACUGUUUAGGUUUUUUUUCCACACACACACACAUAUAUAUAUGGAAAGAGAGAGAGAGAGAGGGAGAAGCUGAGAGGUGAGAGAGCAGAGGUUUCCGUUUCGUUUCCGCAUAGGGGCUGAAGCGUCGGGGGAUCCGAUUGGCGGAGCCGGAGACCGAUCUUGCCGUUUCGCAGCUCAGCUCCGGGGAUCUGCUCCUCCGCCACGAUUACUGUAAUCGCUUUUUUUUUGCCCCCUUUAUAAAAAUAGCAUAAGAGGGAUUUGGGGCAGCUUCCUCGGAAAUGAACUUCUGAGUACAUGAAGAGGUCCGAAGAUUAGCAGGCUCGGUAAACAUCUGGGAAAAUGAAAUCGGACGUUCCUCUCGACCAUGCGGUGUUCCAACUCUCACCAAAGCGUUCUCGAUGCGAAUUAAUUGCAUCCUGCAAUGGACGGAGUGAGAAGCUCGCAUCAGGUCUCAUAAAGCCUUUUGUGACGCACUUAAAAGUUGCCGAAGAACAGUUCCUACAAAAUGUCCAAUCGAUUAAGCUUGAAGCUGGGAAAUUUAAUGAUGGUGAGAAAUGCCUCACGAAGGGAACUCUUGAGAGGUUUGUCCGAUUUGUUAGUACCCCCGAGGUUUUGGAGCUGGUUAAUACAAUUGAUGCGGAGAUGUCUCAGUUGGAGGCUGCCCGAAAAAUUUAUUCACAGGGUACAGGGGACCAACAUUCCUGUGAUUCAGGUGCCAACGAAGCGGGAAUUGCUGCUGCGGCUGAUGCUACAAAGAAGGAACUUCUGAGGGCCAUUGAUGUGCGGCUUACUGCAGUGAGGCAGGACUUGAUAACUGCAUGUGCUCGAGCAUCAGCAGCUGGCUUUAACCCUGACAGUGUCUCGGAACUCCGUCUCUUUGCAGAUUGCUUUGGAGCCUACCGCCUGAAUGAGGCUUGCACAAAGUUCCUCUUGUUAUACCAAAGAAGACCAGAACUGAUCCCCUCAUGGAAGCCUAGUGUAGAUGAUUGUGGGGUCCGAUCAUCAUGCGAGUCUGACAUGUCUCUGGAUGAUCCUACUGAAGAUGCCUAUGAUCGUCAACUGAAGUCAAGCUCAGCACCAUCACUUCAAAAUAGACAGUUGACAGGCCAAACAGCAAAAUUGAAUGCAGAGCAGUCUGAUGUUGUCGUCACUCAGCAAUCUAAGUUUGCUUCGCCUGCAAUAGGUCACAGCAUAAACCAGAAAGACUCAGGUGAGAAAAGUGGAAAGGAUGAUGGCUCACCAGAUCCAUUGAUGAUUCAGACAAGUCAGCCAGCAAGGAGGCUCAGUGUCCAGGACCGAAUAAAUCUCUUUGAAAGCAAACAGAAAGAGAAUACUGGUGGUGGUAGCAGCAGUAGCGGCAGCAAGCUUGUUGCAGCAAAGCCAGGUGAACUGAGAAGGCUCUCCUCUGAUGUUUCAUCAGCACCGGCAGCAGUUGAGAGGGCCGUGUUGAGGAGGUGGAGUGGUGCAAGUGACAUGAGCCUUGACCUGAGUGCUGAAAAGAAGGAUAACAAUAAGGAGAGCCCUUCUUGCACCCCUUCUUCUGUGUCCUCAGUCUCUCAAGCCAAAAGUACCAUGCUCACUGGUGCAUUUGUAGAUAAGAGUCCAAAGGAGUUAAAUGUUACUGCUGUUUCUGAUAAAACUGAUGUCAAGAAUGUGGCGGAUAAAGUUUCUGAUGUUGGGAUCAAAGAUGAGGGUGCAUUGCAACAUAUGGCGACUGGUGUAUCGAGUAAAGAGGAGGAGAGGAGCACAAGAGGAAGCAUCAACAGGACCGAUCAAUUGGCUGCUCAUAUGCUGAAAAUGCCGUUCAGUGGUAGGACAGGGCAAGUUGGGAGCAGUCAAGAUGGUCUGCAGAACAAUGCCAGGGCCUUACUUGGAAGUGAGGAAGAAGAGGAGAGCAAAACUCACAAAGGUGGUUCUGAGGUGCGCGUGAGAGGCUGUUAUCAAAAAGAACCAAAAGAUCAGGCAACGAUUGAAAUUCAAACAGGUGGUCUCAGCAGGCCUAUAGGAGUCGCAUCCAAUAAUGAAACUGGAAUUAGAACAGAGAAUCCUGGGAUGAAAAACGAGCCUGUGGUUCAAUCACGUUUCAGGGGUCUCAGGGGCCAUUCUCGAUCCUUUUCAGAGCAGCUUGAUGGUGGUAUUAGACUUAAGGCCGUGGAUACUCAAGAAAAAGGUAUCAAUGGCAGUCAGUUGGUUCCACCUCUACAACUGAAAUCCCAUGCAGGAGUAUAUGAAGAAACAGGUAAAACGGAGUUGGUGGGGCUUGGUAAGUUGCAGAUCUCAGAGGAAGAAUCUGCUUUUCAGAAAAUUAAGUCCCAGAAAUCAGUUUCAUCUGUUCCUGAGCAGGUUGAGAGAUCACAGGCCAGAAGGGAUGAAAUUGGAGUGUAUGGGAAUGGGAAAUUUUCCCUCUCUGGUAGAAAGGCCUCAGAAAGUCAAGAAACUUCUCUGACACCUCCAACAGCGGUAGUGGAACCAAUUCAGAGAGUAAGGCAAUCAAAGGGCAACCAGGAACUCAAUGAUGACCUCAAAAUGAUGGCUAAUGAACUUGAAAAGCUUUUUGCGGAGCACAAGCUCCGAGUCCCUGGAGAUCAGUCUUCUUCUCGGCGGAGUAAACCUGUUGAUUACCAGAAAGAGCAGGCAGGAAAUUCAGAGAAUCGAAACUCUGCAGCACCGGGGUUAUUAGCAUCUAGUCAAUUGCCUGAGAAAAGAGUAGCAAGUGAUAUUCGUAGGGUUCCUAGCGGCACGUCAAACUUUAGCACUCCGCCAUCCACGAAGAUGAUAGACAACAAUCUGGAUUUAAGUGAUAGUUUGAGAAAAAACUUUUCUGAGCUCAAUGAUUCUAGAGGGAAGUUCUAUGAGAAGUAUAUGCAGAAAAGAGAUGCAAAGUUGAAAGAAGAAUGCGGAUCUAAGAGGGCAGAAAAGGAAGCCAAAUUGAAAUACAUGCAUGAUAGCCUUGAGCGAAGUAGAGCUGAGAUGAAUGCAAGGUUUUCAGGGUCUGCAGAAAGACAAGAUUCAAUAUCUGCUGCUUCUCGUCGUGUGGAGAAACUUAGAUCGUUCAAUUCGCAAUCAAGUAUGAAGAGGGAGCAGCCAAUUGAUUUUUUUCAAAGUGAGGAGGAAGAGGAAUUUUCUGGAUCUCUAGAGGAGAAAUCGUAUGGACCAGAUAAAUCAUUUGGUGAAGAAGCUUUAGGUGAUGGUGCUCCCAGAAGCACCCAGACUAAGAGGUCUCUUCCUAAUCGUAACUUGUGUUCAUCCACUGCUCGCACUUCAGCUGCAGCAGCGUCACGGUCAUCAGUCAAAGCUUCCAAUUUUUCUUCUGCUAGGCGAAGGGCACCAUCAGAAAACCCACUAGCACAAUCUGUCCCAAAUUUCUCAGAUCUCAGGAAAGAAAAUACAAAGCCCUCAGGAGUUAGCAAAGUAGUGAACCGCCCCCAGGUGAGAAGCUAUGCCCGAAGCAAGAGUACCAGUGAUGAUGUACCUGCUGCUAAAGAAGAAAGGACACAACGAUCUCAGUUGCUGAGGAGAAGCUCUGCUGGUCCAGGAGAGUUUAAGGAGUCUUCUGUUCUGAGUGACGAUAUUUCUGUUUUGGCACCAUUGGAGCUUGAUAAAGAACAGAGCGACUCAAGGCCUUUCCUUAGAAAGGGUAAUGGCAUAGGUCCUAGUGUUGGAGCUGCUAAGCUGAAGGCCUCAAUUGCAUCUCAGCAUCUGAUGAAUGAUGAAGAUUUCAAUGACUCAAGCGUUGAGGUUGAUGAUAGAGCAGGCAUGGUAGUAGAGAAUGAAGAGGAAGAAUAUCAAGCUAAAGAUAGUGAACAUCCAAGAUUGAGCCAUGAAUCUGGAAACUCUGGGAAAUCGGGAACUGAUAAUGGAGAUACCUUGCAGCCUAUUUCUCAAGUCAACCCUGCUCUAGUUCCCGAAUUGCCUGCUUCUGUGCCUUCAAAAUUCUUCUCUGAAAGUUUAGUGCUGGACUCCCCAGGGGAGAGUCCAAUCUCUUGGAACUCACAUGUGCAUCACCCAUUUUCUUUCCCACACGAGGCUUCAGACAUUGACGCAUCUGUGGACUCCCCAGUGGGAAGCCCCGCAUCAUGGAACUCGCACUCUCUGGUACAGACGGAGGCUGAUGCUGCUCGAAUGAGGAAGAAAUGGGGCAGUGCCCAGAAGCCAAUUCUAGUCUCUAACUCCUCUCAUAAUCAGUCCCGCAAAGAUGUCACCAAGGGAUUCAAACGGCUAUUGAAGUUUGGGAGGAAAAGUCGGGGGGCAGAGAGUUUGGUUGAUUGGAUAUCUGCCACCACCUCUGAAGGAGAUGAUGAUGCUGAAGAUGGCAGAGAUCCUGCCAAUCGGUCAUCAGAAGACUUGAGGAAGUCGAGAAUGGGAUUCCCCCAGAGUCAUUCUUCUGAUGAUGUCUUCAUCGAGAGUGACUUGUCCAACGAUCAGGCAAAUAGCUCCAUCCCAGCUCCUCCGGCAAACUUCAAACUGCGGGACGACCAUAUCUCAGGGAGCUCUUUAAAAGCUCCUAGAUCGUUUUUCUCUCUCUCGAAUUUCCGGAGCAAGGGUAGCGACACGAAGCUCAGAUAGUUCUUUCCACUCAUAAGGCAAAGCGAGAACUCUUUCUAAUCAUCUCUGUAUGACGAUGGGAUGUGAAGAGGCUGAUGUGUAGAAGGUACGAAUUGCUUCGAGAUAUAUAUAUAUAUAUAUAUAUAUAUAUGCCAUAGUCUUCUAUGCAAGAACUAUGCCGGGAGUUUUUGUAUAUCUUUGUGAAUUCAGGAGUGGACUUAUAUCCUCGUAAGAUUUUAGUAGUCAUAGGUACGUAGUCAUGUGGAGAUAUUGUUGUAAAUCCUGUACCGGGUGACGAGAUUUGCCCAUUAGGCUUUGGUGCUGCGCACCUUGAUUUUGUUAGUCUAUCUAGGUGCUAUUUCACCCCUUCUGUCUCCCCUAUCCUUCCCUCGUGUACAUCAGGAAUGGAACACUACUUUUAAGAGUAAAAAUUGUGAUGGCUUUGACACGAA